GAGACGUCGUAUAGGACGGACGUCGCUCGAACAUUGGAAAUACAUUCGCGAGUGUCGAGACUUAGAAUGAUCGGUUUCGUGAUCCGCGUCUUAGUUAGGUAGUAACGUGCGAUGCGCGGUUUGCGCGAUGUUAGCGUACGUGGUCGUGGUACUGACAGUGCUGGACGUCUGUGUACCACUGUAUCAUCACCAGUUCGCUGUGUUCGUCCCCGGUGGGCCGGAGAAGGCCCACGAAUUGGCGCAUAGACAUGGGUUCAUUAAUCACGGGGAGAUUGGAAACCUGAAGCACUACUUUCUUCUAUCGCACCCACAUAUAAGUAAGAGGUCACCGAAUGCCAGCAUCGACCAUUACAACAGACUCAAAAAUGACCCACAGGUGAGAUGGGUGAUGCAGCAGCGCGAGUUGCGGCGCUCGAAGCGCGACCACGCGUGGCCGCGACACGUCAUGCGCCAGUCCAGCGCGCCCGCCUUCCCCGACCCACUGUUUAAAGAACAGUGGUAUUUGAAUGGAGGUGCCGCAGACGGUCUGGAUAUGAACGUUGGUUAUGCCUGGAGGAAAGGGUACACAGGCAAAGGCGUAGUCAUCACAAUCUUAGACGAUGGUAUCCAACCGAACCAUCCCGAUUUAUCACAGAAUUAUGAUCCUGCAGCAUCGACGGACAUAAAUGGGAACGACACGGACCCGACACCGCAGGACAAUGGCGACAAUAAACACGGCACCCGGUGCGCGGGCGAGGUGGCUGCGGUCGCCUACAAUAGAUACUGCGGCGUCGGGAUAGCUUACAACGCCAGCAUUGGAGGAGUCAGGAUGCUCGACGGCCUUGUUAACGACGCAGUGGAAGCUCAAGCGCUCGGAUUUAACCCCCAUCACAUAGAUAUCUAUAGCGCGUCGUGGGGGCCCGAGGACGACGGAAAAACAGUCGACGGCCCCGGUCCUUUAGCUAGAAGGGCGUUUAUAAAUGGAGUGACGAACGGAAGAGGUGGGAAGGGAUCUAUUUUUAUAUGGGCGUCGGGAAACGGCGGCAGGCAUACGGAUUCCUGCAAUUGUGAUGGCUAUGCGAAUAGUAUAUUUACUAUUUCUAUUUCUAGUGCAACUCAAGGUGGAUAUAAACCUUGGUAUUUAGAAGAAUGUUCUUCAACCAUAGCUUCGACUUAUAGUUCGGGCACACCAGGCCGAGACAAAAGCGUUACUACCGUGGACAUGGACGUGCAAUUAAGACCUGAUCAUAUUUGUACAGUAGACCACACAGGGACCUCAGCAUCAGCACCAUUAGCAGCGGGAAUUUGUGCAUUAGCCAUAGAAGCAAACUCGUUACUAACGUGGAGAGAUAUGCAACACCUAGUCGUUAUGACGUCUCGGUCACAACCUUUAGAAAAGGAAGAAGGGUGGAUCGUUAAUGGCGUAAAAAGAAAAGUAAGUCACAAGUUCGGCUACGGACUAAUGGAUGCCGCUCAGAUGGUAACAUUAGCCGAACAAUGGACAAACGUACCUCCUCAGCACAUUUGUAAGUCCCAAGAAAUAAACGAGGACAAGUCUAUUGAAACAUCUUUCGGUUAUACGAUAUCAGUGCACAUGGAUGUGAAUGGGUGCAGCGGGACGAUGAACGAGGUCAGAUUUUUGGAACACGUUCAAUGUAAAAUUUCACUGAGCUUUUUCCCUAGAGGAAAUUUACGGAUAUUGCUUACGUCGCCAAUGGGGACGACUUCCACCCUUUUAUUUGAGAGGACGCAUGACGCAACGAGCUCUAACUUCGACGAUUGGCCGUUUUUAAGUGUCCAUUUUUGGGGAGAAAGUGCCGAAGGGCGUUGGACCCUUCAGAUAUUAAACGCCGGUAAUAUCCACGUCACUCAACCGGGUAUAUUGAAAAAGUGGCAAUUAAUAUUCUACGGUACAGCAACGAAUCCGAUACGAUUACGAAAUAAAAGCUAUUUUAAUUCAAACAGUGUUUACCAAGAGGAAAAGGCUUAUCAUAUUAACGAUGUUUACGACGCUUCAGAAUACUCACAAUUUCUUAACGAAAUCGAACUCGGCAUUUCUGAUAGACACAAUUACCCCAAAAACAUUCCUUCCGCGCAACGCAAAAAUGUUUUGGCAGAUGCCAACGAUAAACAAGUGAAAAGACUGUGCGAUCCGGAAUGUGAUUCGCAAGGUUGUUAUGGGAAGGGGCCAACUCAGUGUGUUGCUUGCAAGCAUUAUCGUUUAGAUAACACAUGUGUGUCGCGAUGUCCCCCGAGGAGCUUCGUUAACCAAGGCGGAGUUUGUUGGCCGUGCCACGAGUCGUGUGAGACGUGCGCGGGAGCGGGGCAGGACUCGUGUCUCACUUGUGCCCCGGCACACUUAUUGGUAGUCGAUUUAGCUGUUUGUUUGCAACAAUGCCCAGACGGAUAUUACGAGGACCCCGACGCUAAUGCGUGCUUCCCAUGUGCAGAGCAUUGCGAUACGUGCUCUGAAAAAGCAGAUAUGUGCUCGUCGUGUGCGCACAAUUAUGUUCUGUACAAUGGCUCGUGUUUAGCGGCUUGCCCCCCGGGAACUUAUCAAAAGGAUGAUUUAGGAUGCAUGCCAUGUCAUGAAACGUGUGAAUCUUGUCACGGUCCCAGCCAAAAUGCGUGCGUUUCGUGUCGCAUUGGUGAUUACGCAUUCAAGAAUCGCUGCGUACCAAAAUGCCCCUCAGGAUAUUACGCCGACGUUCAAAGAAGAGAAUGUUUGCCGUGUCCAAUUGGCUGUUCGGUCUGCACGUGUGCCAUUUGCUCAGUUUGCCAAGAAAAAUGGAUUCUUACGAAAAGUGGAACUUGUCUACCCAUCGGCAAUGAUAAAUGUGAUAGUAGUGAGUAUUUCGAGGUGGGGAGAUGUAAAAAUUGCCAUUCAACUUGUGAGAAAUGUAGCGGAUCGAACGAGUGGGACUGUUUGUCUUGUUCGAGUCCUCUGUUGUUACAAGGAUCGAGGUGCGUUGCGGAGUGUGGACAAGGGUAUUACCAAACAGCAGGAAGAUGCUCCCUAUGUCCGCACACUUGUAAAAGUUGUGUGUCAAGAUUGAACUGCACUUUGUGUGCUGGUGCCUUACGCUUGCAGUCUGGGACGUGCAGAGCCACCUGUGCUCCGGGCUACUACCCGGACGAGGGAACUUGUUCUAAGUGUUAUUUGUCUUGUGAGACAUGUACAGGGCCUAGAAGGGAUCAGUGUGCUUCUUGCCCACCGGACUGGAGGCUAGCAGCUGGUGAAUGUCGGCCUGAGUGUCCGCAGAAUUUCUUUCCGUGGGAGAAGAGUUGUCGCCGCUGUCAUCACUACUGCCAGGACUGCCACGGCGCGGGCCCCCAGCGGUGCACGUCCUGCCCACCGCACUUCUCGUUAGAGAACGGUUUAUGCGUGGAGUGCCUUAGUUCUCAGUACUACGAGCUGCGGACGAGGACGUGCCGUCCAUGCCACGACUCGUGCAGGUCGUGCUCGGGGCCCGGCCCCACCAGCUGUGUGACGUGUGCUCAUCCCCUACGUUUAGAUAGAGUGAACCACAAAUGUUUGCCUUGCUGCACCGAGAGCAUCGCAUCGAUUUACGUAAAUAACAAUCAGACAGAUUGCUGUCACUGUGAUAAGGAUAUAGGAGGUUGCUUAAACGGAUCUUCAGCGGGUAAGCGACGAAUAGCUGAGAACAUACGCACGCACAUAACUGCGUCGUUCUUUAUCGAAGAGUCCAAAGAUGCUACUAAUCUUCUAGAACGAAACUCCGUGGUGGUGUGGACUGUGGGAGCUAUUCUCUUGGCUGCAGUCGCUGUGGUCAUCGCUGUAAAGUUAAAAUCAAGCAAGUAUAAGUAUCGGACUAUUUACCCGAAGACGGAGUACUCCCAACUGACCACAAUCGACGAAGACUUGAUAGCUCUGACGUCAUCAACGACUUUGAAAGCCGUUGAUAGUGUGCUAAUACAAACUAAAAGUGAACUUGAAGAACCCACAUAGCAAUAUGAACCUUCAAGCCAAUGUAAUUAGAGUAUAUUAUACACUGCAGACUGAUAUCUGGUAGUUCCAAUAUACGAUUAUGUAAAUAGUUGGAGUAACGGCUAUUACCUAACUAUAGUGUAGUUAUUUUAUGAUUUAAACGAGGUUAAUGAUAAAACAGUUUUGUUGAUCUCGAACUCCAAUACUAUUUUAGUAUAAAUUAUCGAAUUACUAAAAUAAUAUCGAGUGUACUGUAUGUAUUUUUAAAAGGAAUAUUUAUUUUGAAAUGCAAUAAUACAUUACAAUUGACAUAUACCAAAUCAUGCAGAUAAUGAAUAAAUGCUUGUUGGAAUAAAAACUUUUUAUAACUAAUUUAUUUUUAAAGUUAGCUGACGGUCGCUUUUUCCUCAAUGUUUAAUCUCAAGUAACGACCUAAGACGCUUGGAAUCAUACAAAAUUUGGUUUAAUUUUCACUGAGUAAAGUAAACAUUUUUAAAGUAUUUUCGAGCACCAUGUCAGGAAUCCAUGUAAAAAUUAAGUAAAGAACAUUGCCUUUUCCUCAUUUAUGCCUGAUUUUAUUACUGAACAAGUCGCUUACUAUGAGCUCUUAAAGUAUUAAACCUACCGUAGAGUGAGCAAGAUGGCAAUAUAUCUGAUGAAUAGCGCCGUCUUGCUUCCACAGCAACACCAGUCCUACUUUAAGAGCUCACGGUACAGGCACAAGACCAUGUUAUUGCAUUUCUUGUAUAAAAACUAAGUUUAACAUUCCUAUGCAAAUGAAUGCAAUUCAUCUCGCAUAUGAAGUACAUAAUUGUAUUUUUAAUUAGUUCGUGUAGUCAUGUCGGAUGUCAGAAUUUCAAUUAUUUAUCAGGGUGAAGCACAAUUGUCUGUCACUCAUAUAGACAUACAUACAUGAAUAACAUACAAAAAAAAUCAGGUUAUUUGUAAUUAAAAAUACAUGAUGAAACUAUCUCAUCGUAUUUGUAAUUUCAGUAAAGUUAAUUUCAAAAUUAUUGUAAAUAAUUAGUUGUUUAAAAUUCUACACCUGUAAAGAUGCAGAAAAUAAUUGCUUGCUUCACCCUGUACAUGUAACUCAAUGCAUAUUAUAUACGUAAUAACAAUUUCAGGUAGAGAAACGUUUUUGCACUGUGUGUAACGAAAAUUCCUAAAGACCAAUAUUACAUUGAAUCGGAAUGCGUAUUCAACAUUGAUUUGUGAUAGGGGAACAAAGAAAAAGACGGUAAAGAUAAGUGGUUUGGGUUGAAAUUGAACAUUCAAUUAGAUGAUCCGAAAGGAGAUAUGGAGGAAUGUACUCGCGCAGUAACCGGUUUAUUUCUGCCUUUGGGUCGUUUCAGACCGGCGAUUUAGGCGCGUAGAAAGUCGUUUCUGAAGGACAAAAUAGGACGUUAUAGGACGCGUAUAAGUGUGAGUCUUGAAGCACACUUAACUUGUGCAAGUUUUGACCUGCUUAUAGGCAGUUGCCUCGAAAGGUGCUAGUCAUGUUCAUUUCGUGCCUAUAAUACUAUCUUAUUAUUCAAUCGAUGUGGCCCAUGUAUUGGCAUAAUUGCGGCGUCAUUGGUGCAAGUGACUUGCCGCCAUUUGUUUGACAAAACAAAGUGCGCGGUUUCACAAAAAACAACGCCAGUCUGAAACCGCUUUAAGAGGGGUUUUGGUCUAAAUAAUUUAUUUGUUUGUACCGGAUUUAUUAUCAUGACCAAUGAAAUCAUAUUUUAUUUGAAAGAUCCUCUAAUAAAUGUUAUACCUCUUCUCUUUUAUCAUUCAAAAUAAAAUCUUUAUAAUUUAAUUGCAUUCCUUUAGAUUUCGGUUUCUAGUUAUCCAACGAAAACAUGAUUUAACGUUCGCAAAAAUUCAAAACGAGAAUUUCUGUAAAACGAAAGCUACGGCCAGUUCCAGUGCUCUUAAAGAAAACAAAACAGAAUCGCCUGAUAAUAAAACCACGUCGACGUCGUGUCGUAAUUUUGUUUUGACAGAUUUCAGGUGAGUUUACCGUUAAUAAAAAUGAGUACUUGCUUUUAUGAGACUUUCCCGGAUUCUAUUUUGAUUCUGAUUUGAAAUUAUUAAGCUCGGUAUUAAAAUUGUAUGAACGUAUAAUUUUGGAGUGUACAACGUUCAGAAUAACUUUCUUGGCCGAAUAGACAUGCUACUUAAAGGUUUAAUCCCGUUUAUGAACGUAUUCAAUUAACGAAAAUGGAAAUUGCUUUAAUAAUCAGCACCCUACAAUUUCAUCAUCGAAAAAGUUCUAAACAUUUUAACAAUUUUUUUCAUCAAUGACACCUCUUCGGGAACUCAAUGAAAAAUAGAAUUGAAAUAAACGACAACCGCUCACACGUUAUCUUUAUCCGCCAAAAAAUUCUAAUCAUUGUUAUGAAAAGCAUUCGAUUAAUGUCACAUCGGUCUUAUAACGGACCAGUAUAUGUUAAUGGGACCCAAUUUCACAGCUUGAAGUCAAUGCUACACGUUUAAAAAUGUAACGUUAACAUAUCUACGUUUAUUUAUUUACGUUAUCAAUGAAUGUACUCUGUAAAUACGGUUCAAUUAUUACUGUAAUAGAAAUCGUUCGUGUAAAUAUGUAAAUAAUGACACUUGUAAAUAUAUCGAUGGUUUUUAUGACGGAUAAUUAAGUUGGUUGUUUUAUUUUUAAACCUGGUUUAUGGUUUGUGUAAGGGUAAAGGAAUUUAGUAACCUGAAUAAGUGAAGCCGUAGCCGAGCCGAAUCAUUUGGAUCAUUUCUACUUUUCAAAAUUAAUUUUUAAUCAGUAUAAAAAGGUUAAAAGUCUACAUUAACGAAUAUUAUCCUUGUCUCAUAGGGAGUUUCACGAUCAUGGUCAUAUUCACAAAGUCACCCAAACUCUGGUCACGCAUUCGUGGAUUACAAAGAUACUUGCCAUUAGUGGGGAUCGAAUCCG